UGGCUGGACUGAAAUUUUGGCGGGCAAUUGGCAUCAGCCGUUUGUUUACAAGCGAACAAUAAAAAAAUGUAAAGAUCCUGACAGGAAUACUCAAUCCUCCUCCCCACAUACGAUAAAUAAAAAAGGAAAUUUACCGCUUAGAGAUAAUUUUUGACGACAAUCUGAGGACUCGAUUGGAUUAUUUAAAUAAAUAAAAUGGUGCGGAGAAAAGCGGGUGUGAGGAAAUCUAAUGCUGGGGCUACGUCGUCGCCUGGAAAAAAGUCGAGAACUGAAACUCUGGUGAAUCGCAAGGCCAGGGUGAAGCCAGGGGUACGAGCUCUCCAGGAGAUCAGAGCCCUCAGGAGAUCGACAAAAUUACUCAUUCCCAAAUUACCAUUUUUCCGACUCGUAAAAGAGAUUAUUCACGAUCUCUUCCCGAGAAAAAACAUUGACAGAAUGCAAGCGAAUGCACUGGAAGCACUUCAGGAAGCGGCUGAGACCUACCUGGUACAGUUCUUCGAGGAUUCAAUACUUCUGGCAUUUCACUGCAAACGAGUGACCCUGAUGCAACGAGAUAUGGUCCUCAUGAGGAGACUCCGAGGACGUGACGACGUAAUCAACAGAUAAUUAUCAACUCCAAAAUCAUCAUUGCCAUUUUUACAUCCACAGCGGAUGGAGUAAAUUAAUAAAUCGUGAAUGAUAAAAAUAAUUCACUCGAGUCAAAUGGAGAGGUAAAACUAUUCCCAGAUUUUUUCCAGAUUUUUUAAAUAAAAUGUCCAAUGGGGACAGGAAUUACUUCUCCCUGAGGAUUCAUUCACUGACAAUACGAUUAAUCAUAUCAUAAUCGAUAAUUUAAAUGAAUUGUUGAUGGUUUUUUGUAUAAAAAUAGGAAAUACUUACUGUAAAAUUUAUCUUUAUGUAAAAAUGAUAUUGUUUUUUGUGAAGAGAAUCUCAGGAACCCGAAUAUUCCUUUAGCGACUAGAUAAUUCUUUGAGAAUGAAAAUAAAUUGUUCAGAAAUGCUCGACUGGAAGAAUCCUUCCAAUUUCUGUAAUAUUUUCAUAAUAAAAAAAUUAUCCAGACAA